GAAUGAGCACUAAUUUUAAUUUUAUUAAUUUUUUAGUAUAUUCCUCUGUUCUCGGUAUCUUCUCUCAAGUCACCACAAAUCUCAAUUUUCACAUCCAUUUUCCGGUCUGGAUAUAGCAAUUAUCAUUUAUCCUCCUUCUCCGUUUCUCAGUCACUUACUUGCAAUUUGUAUAAAUUCAACCGGAAAAGACAAGCUUCUUCUUCUUCAACCUCUCGGUUUGAUCAAAACUCAAGUUUCAAUGGCUGCCUUAUCAAUAGGGACCCACUUGUCUCCAUUAAACCUGUUCAAGGAACAAUUUUUCUCUCUCACUUCUUUGUCCUCUCUUCACUCCUUUCCGAGCUUUGCUACGAUUAGAAGUUCGAGAUUGCAUCUUCGUAAUGGGGUUCUGGCUAGAGCUGAAGACAAGGCAAGAGACUCUUCUUCUUCUACAAAACAACAACCCGACAGUCAAAAACAGCUUCAGGAUCUGACAUCAACAUCUCGAUCAUGUGAUCCUUUGUGUUCACUUGAUGAAACAAGCUCAAGUGACUUUGAAGCCACAUACCAGCCAAAAACAGAUUUGCUGAAAGCUCUUGCAGUUUUUGCAGCAGCUGCAGCAGGGGCAGUGGCUAUUAAUCAAUCAUGGGUUGCUGCCAAUCAGGAUCUUGCCAUGGCAUUAUUAUUUGUAAUAGGAUAUGCAGGCAUCAUUUUUGAAGAGUCUCUCGCUUUCAAUAAAAGUGGAGUUGGAUUAUUGAUGGCUGUGAGUUUAUGGGUUGUGAGAAGCAUCGGAGCACCUUCAACUGAAAUAGCUGUAUCAGAGUUGUCUCAUGCAUCUGCAGAAGUCAGUGAAAUAGUUUUUUUCUUGCUUGGUGCGAUGACCAUUGUAGAAAUAGUUGAUGCACAUCAAGGAUUUAAGCUGGUUACUGACAAUAUAACUACACGAAAGCCGCGGACUCUGCUUUGGGUGGUGGGUUUUGUGACUUUUUUCCUUAGUUCAAUCCUUGACAACCUGACUUCUACUAUUGUCAUGGUUUCUUUAUUGAGAAAACUAGUACCUUCCUCGGACUACCGCAAGCUUCUUGGAGCUGUUGUUGUAAUAGCAGCAAAUGCUGGGGGUGCAUGGACUCCAAUUGGUGAUGUUACCACUACCAUGCUAUGGAUACAUGGCCAGAUAUCCACAUUGCCAACAAUGAAGAGCUUGUUUCUGCCUUCAGCUAUUUCUCUGGCUGUUCCGUUGGCUCUUUUGUCACUGACUAGUGAAGUUAAUGGGAAAGGACAUGACACUCCUAAUAUUUUGGCAUCAGAACAAAUGGCUCCUAGAGGACAGCUUGUUUUCUCCGUGGGUAUUGGGGCUCUGAUCUUUGUUCCUGUGUUUAAGGCACUGACUGGCUUGCCUCCUUACAUGGGCAUGCUGCUUGGUCUUGGAGUUCUUUGGAUUUUGACUGAUGCUAUUCAUUAUGGUGAAUCGGAAGGGCAAAAGUUGAAAGUUCCACAGGCUUUAUCACGGAUUGACACUCAAGGAGCCCUUUUCUUCCUUGGAAUACUUUUGUCCGUCAGCAGCCUGGAGGCAGCUGGUGUUCUCCGGGAGUUGGCAAAUUUCCUUGAUGCUAACAUUCCUAACGCAGACCUGAUUGCGAGUGCAAUCGGGGUUGUAUCAGCAAUAAUAGACAAUGUUCCCUUAGUUGCGGCAGCAAUGGGAAUGUACGAUCUCACCUCUUUCCCGCAAGAUUCUGAUUUCUGGCAGCUGAUAGCAUUUUGUGCUGGUACUGGUGGGUCCAUGCUUAUUAUCGGCUCUGCUUCUGGAGUCGCAUUCAUGGGGAUGGAAAAGGUGGACUUCUUUUGGUAUUUGCGGAAGGUGAGUGGUUUCGCCUUUGCAGGUUAUGCUGCCGGUAUUGCUGCCUAUUUAGCGCUUAAUAACCUACACAUUUCCCUUCCCACAACUCUUGCUCAGGCUGCUUUCCAUCCUGGUUCUUAUUAAUUAAACCACAUUGGUCUGGAAAGCAAGGCAGUAAGUUUCUGAUAAUGUGCUUCACAUUAGAUGAACUUGGUGAAGAAUGCAAGUGGAACAUGAAGGAGUAAUUUUAUAUAUGUUCCUCUUGGGAUAUAUAGGCACUUAACCGAACAAAAGAAAUUCAUAGAUCUAAUAAUUUGAGGUUGAUUAGACGUGUAAUGCCCUGGAAGAUUCACCGAUGGGAAGAAAGUGCCAAGAAAUUUGUAUUGGAAAUCUGAUAUUUUAUGAUCAUAUUUUGGUACUUCUGGUCAAUGGUAUUUUUUGUCAAGAUUUUUAUGUUAUAGCUGGUUCAACCGGUUGGCAUUAAAUCUUCAGCUAGUCAAUCAAGAAAGAGCAAACUUUUUUCUGAUUUUGGAAUGCA